CCCGGCCCCUCCUCCCUCCCAGUGCUGGGGUGAACCCGCCACACGGCCUCUCAUCUGCCAGCACCUUCUCCUCUGCCUCCAGCAGCACCCGCCUCUGCAGCCAGGAGACCGCGUCGCUCCCACCCAGCCGCCCGGCCUCACCCAUGGGGAACAGCAAAAGCGGGGCCCUGUCCAAGGAGAUCCUGGAGGAGCUGCAGCUGAACACCAAGUUCACAGAGGAGGAGCUGUGUGCCUGGUACCAGUCCUUCCUGAAGGACUGUCCCAGCGGCCGCAUCACGCGACAGGAGUUCCAGAGCAUCUACGCCAAGUUCUUCCCCGAAGCCGACCCCAAGGCCUACGCCCAGCAUGUGUUCCGAAGCUUCGACGCCAACAGCGACGGCACCCUGGACUUCAAGGAGUAUGUCAUCGCCCUGCACAUGACCUCCGCGGGCAAGACCAACCAGAAGCUGGAGUGGGCCUUCUCCCUCUACGACGUGGACGGCAACGGAGCCAUCAGCAAGAACGAAGUGCUGGAGAUCGUCAUGCCCCUUGACUUAUGCAUUCAGUCGCUGAGCCUGACUCUAAUGGCCCGGACCCCGCUCAGCCUCCGGAUCACGCUCCCCUCAAGGUCUCCAGCAUGCAAGACUGGGACGUGA